GCGCACUGACGGCCGGUGGACCGAGCCUCAAGCGGACGGCGAGCCGGGGACCGUUGCUGAGCGGCGGCGAUGGCGACCGCGAUGUCAGCGACGAAGGCGGAGCGAGCGGUGCUGGAGGAGGAGUUCCGCUGGCUGCUGCACGACGAGGUGCACGCAGUGCUCAGGCAGCUGCAGGACAUCCUCAAGGAGGCCUCGCUCCGCUUCACUCUGCCAUGCUCUGGUACAGGCACCGAGGGGCCUGCCAAGCAGGAGAACUUCAUCCUUGGCAGCUGUAGCACAGACCAGGUGAAGGGCGUGCUGACUCUGCAAGGGGACGCGCUGAGCCAGGCGGACGUGAACCUGAAGAUACCCCGGAACAACCAGCUGCUGCACUUCGCCUUCCGAGAGGACAAGCAGUGGAAGCUACAGCAGAUCCAGGAUGCCAGGAACCACGUAAGCCAGGCCAUUUACCUCCUUGCCAACCGGGAUGAAAGCUACCAGUUCAGGACAGGAGCAGAGGUCCUCAAGCUGAUGGACGCUGUGAUGCUGCAACUGACCAGAGCCCGCAACCGGCUCACCACCCCGGCCACCCUUACUCUGCCUGAGAUCGCUGCCAGUGGCCUCACGCGGAUGUUUGCCCCUGCCCUGCCCUCCGACUUGCUUGUCAACGUCUACAUCAACCUCAACAAACUCUGCCUCACCGUGUACCAGCUGCACGCCCUGCAGCCCAAUUCCACCAAGAACUUCCGCCCAGCUGGAGGCGCUGUGCUCCACAGCCCUGGGGCCAUGUUUGAGUGGGGCUCCCAGCGCCUGGAGGUGAGCCACGUGCACAAGGUGGAGUGUGUGAUCCCAUGGCUCAACGACGCCCUCGUCUUCUUCACUGUGUCCCUGCAGCUCUGCCAGCAGCUCAAGGAUAAGAUCUCCGUGUUCUCCAGCUACUGGAGCUACAGGCCUUUCUGAGCAGAGCACCCGAGAGCCUGACCCCCAGAGAAAUGGCCCUUGUCCCCCUCACCCAUCCCCCCAAGAAUGCUGGCCAGAGCCAGAACCGGGCAGCCUGGGCUAUUAUUUAUUUCCCUCUUCUCCCCAUCCUGCCCAUCACAUUUGCACAGAUGGAAAUGAACACUGGCACCACUGAGAGACAGGGAUGCUGACUUGCUUUUCAUUUUGUAGGGGGUGGUCUGGAAGGUGGGGCGGGGGGGGUCAGGAAGGCAGAGCCCAGAGGUGGCCCACAUUCCAAACCCUGCCCUCCCUGCACAGCGGGAACCUUUGGACUCAGGGUGGCGCCAGGCCCAGGGCUCUCCUUCCCCCUCCUUUUUCUGCCUUCUGAGCUGCCCAGGAUGGUACGCGCAGUGGCACGCCCCCCCCUCCAGUGGAGGGUGAGGAGUGGAUGGUGGCCCUAAGCUGUGAGUCAGGAGGGCAGACAGAAGCCAUCCACCGCCAGCUGUGGUGCCCUUGAAUGUGUUUGCUCCAUAUCCCUGACAAGGCCUCCAGGAAAUAAAGAUCAUCUGACUUU